GCAGCCAAGGCGCCUGCCAAGAAGGCUGCCGCAGCCGACAAGCCCGCGGCCAAGAGGCCGGCAAAGAGGGCCGCGGCCGCCGAGCCGGAGCCCGAGGCCGAGGCCCCGGCGGCCAAGAAGCCAACGGCAGCCGCCAAGAAGCCAACGGCAGCCGCCAAGAAGGCGGCGGCGGCGGCAGCCACGAAGCCAGCAGCCGCGGCGGCCAAGAAGCCCGCGGCAGCAGCGGCCAAGAAGGCACCUGCCGCGAAGAAGGCGGCCGCGGCCAAGCCAAAGGCGGCGGCGAAGCCCAAGGCUGCGGGCGGCCGCAAGCGCCAGCGCGCGGGCGCCAAGGAGGCUCCAGAGGAGAAGGAAGAGGAGCAGGAGCAGGAGGAGGAGCAGGAGCAGCAGGAGGAGCAACAGGAAGAGGAGCAGAAGCAGGAGGAGCAGCAGGAGGCGGCUAAGGCGGAGGGCGAGGCGGAAGGCGAGGAGGCGGCGGGCGAGGAGGCGGAGGAGGAGGCGGCGCCGGCUGCCAAGCGCGCCCGCGCCCGCGCGCCGGCCAAGGCGAAGGCGCCGGCGAAGGCCAAGGCGCCGGCCAGGGGGCGGGGCAGGGGAAAGGCGGCAAAGGCAGAGGCGGAGCCCGCGGCUGAUGAGGAGGAGGGCGCAGGGGCCGAGGGGGAGGCGGAGCCGGCCGGCGAGGAGGCGGCGCCGGCUGAGGCCGCCGCGGCGGCCGAAGCUGCGGCGGCGCCGGCGGAGGAGGAGGCUGCUGCCGAGGCGGCGGCCGAGGAGAAAGUGGAGGAGGACCGGAAGGAGGAGGAGGAGGGGAAAGAGGAGGAGAGCGAGGCGGCCGCGGCGCCGGCCAAGGGCCGCCGCGGCCGCGCGGCGCCCGCCGCGAAGAAGCCCGCAGCGGCGAAGAAGGCUGCAGCUCCCAAAAAGGCCCCCGCGCGGCGCGGCGCGAAGAAGGCCGCCGCGGCGGAGGAGGGAGAGGAGGAGGCGGCGGCGGCGGCUGCCGAUGAGAAGGGGGGGAAGGCGGAGGCGGGCGGCGCCGAGGAGGGGGCGAAGGCAGGGGGCGAGGCGGAGGCUAUGGAAGUUGAUGAGGCAGGGCCCAAAGAGGACGGCGCGGCGGACGAGGGGGCGGCGGAUGGGGAUGAGGAGGGGGAGGGCGAGGAGGAGGGGGCGGUCGAGGGGGAGAUGUCUGCCGAGGAGGCGCGGGCGGCGCAGCUGCUGGUGUCGGCGGGGUUCGGGGUCGGCCAGGCGGCGCUGCCCAGCGCCCGGCCGGCCGAGGAGCCCGUGGCGGCGGCCAAGGAGCCCACGCCGCCGCCGGCCAAGGAGCCCACGCCGCCACCGGCAGCAAAGGAGCCUACGCCGCCGCCGGCUGCAAAGGAGCCUACGCCCCCACCAGCUGCAAAGGAGCCGACACCGCCGCCGGCUGCCAAGGAGCCCACGCCGCCGCCGGCUGCCAAGGAGCCCACGCCGCCGCCGGCAGCUAAGGAGCCGACGCCGCCGCCAGCGGCGAAGGAGCCCACUCCCCCGCCGGCGCCCGCGCAG